AGUUCGUGUUGCAUGGACGGAGGGUGAAUAAACAGAGGGACCAAACCGGUUGCUUAUUUGGGAUUUUUUUUUUCUUUCUAAAUUAAAAGUUAGUUUUUGCCGAGCGAGCAAAUAACGUGAACAGGUCUGCGGAUGUGACUGAAGCCCCGGGAAAGAAACAGAAUUUUGAGCUGUGUUUGGCGAACUGGUCCUUUAGCGUCCAGCUGGCUUCAGGUUCCUGCAUCUACAGCAGGGGAGAUGGGAGGCGGAGGGCGACAUACUGAGGCUGCGGAGCCAGACAGCGGGGGUGGCGCAGGUGUUUACACCUGGGAAGAGGUGCAGAAGCACCGCAGCAGGAAUGAUCGAUGGUUGGUCAUCAAUCGAAAGGUUUACAACAUCACUCAGUGGUCCAAAAGGCACCCGGGAGGGUCUCAUGUCAUCGGGCACUAUGCAGGAGAGGAUGCUACAGAAGCUUUCACAGCUUUUCAUCCUGAUCAAAAGUCUGUGCAGAAGUUUCUGAAGCCUCUGCUUAUUGGAGAGUUGGCAGCGACAGAGCCGAGUCAGGACGGAAACAAAAAUGCAGCCAUCAUACAGGAUUUAGAAACUUUUCGCACCCAGGUGGAGAAGGAAGGUCUUUUUAGAGCCAAACCUUUAUUCUUCUGCCUCCAUCUGGGUCACAUCCUGCUGCUGGAGGCCCUCGCCUGGCUGACUGUCUGGUACUGGGGGACGAGCUGGACUCUGACCUUACUGUGCGCUGUCAUGUUGGCGACAUCUCAAGCACAGGCUGGAUGGCUGCAGCAUGACUUUGGUCACCUUUCUGUCUUCAAGAAGUCCAAGUGGAACCACCUAGCCCACAAGUUUGUCAUUGGACAUUUAAAGGGAGCUGCUGCCAGCUGGUGGAAUCACCUCCAUUACAAUCAUCACGCCAAACCAAACGUCCUGAGCAAGGAUCCUGAUGUCAACAUGUCGGGAAUCUUUGUUCUCGGAUCUGUUCAACCUGUGGAGUACGGCAUCAAGAAGAUCAAACACAUGCCCUACAAUCGGCAGCACCAGUACUUCUUUCUGUUGGGGCCGCCUCUGCUCGUCCCAGUUGUCUUCAACCUGCAAGUAUUGCACGUCAUGAUUUCUCGCCGAAACUGGGUGGAUCUGGCUUGGUAUUUGUCCUUCUACGCCCGAUACUUCUUCUGUUACGUGCCCCUAUAUGGCUUUUUUGGCUCUGUGGCUCUCAAUAUCUUUGUUCGGUUUUUGGAGAGUCACUGGUUUGUGUGGGUGACUCAGAUGAACCAUCUUCCAAUGAAUAUAGAUCAUGAAAAGCACCGAGACUGGCUUACCAUGCAGUUACAAGCUACGUGUAACAUAGAGCCGUCCUUCUUCAACGACUGGUUCAGCGGACACCUCAACUUUCAAAUCGAACACCAUUUGUUUCCAACGAUGCCAAGGCACAACUACCACCUGGUUGCCCCGAGGGUCCGUGCACUGUGCGACAAAUAUGGGGUCCCUUACCAAAUGAAAAGUUUAUGGCGAGGCAUGACUGAUGUUGUCAGUUCACUGAAAACUUCUGGGGACCUCUGGCUUGAUGCGUAUCUUCAUAAAUGAUGAGCUGUUUGCAAACCGAGCGGCCUAUCGUGUGUCGGGAAAUUAAAAAACAGCUAAAAGCGUAA